AUGCUGAGGCACCGGGCCUUCGUCUUACUUACUCUCUUCAAUUUGGCCAUUCAAAUAUCUGCAGAACAAACAAUAUACUCCGAUGGCUGGAUCCCAAUGUCACAUAAUGAUAUUUAUGAGCAAAUAAGAAGAGGAACAAUAACAACAACUCAAUAUCCUGUUUACCUCAGUACGAAGACAUUGGAUGAUUUUGAUAAUAAUUUGAAUGUUGAACAAAGGUCAAUAAAGCAGAAAGAAAAUAAUGUAUUUAAAGACAUUUCAGCAAUGUCCAAGGAACCUGAACAAAAUAACAUUAAAACAGACAAAUUCGAUCAAACCACAGUUUACACUACAGAAAAUAUAAGGAAAGCUAAGAAGGUAUGGGAUCCCAAUAUUGAUACUAGAGUCGACAAUGUUUUGGCUUUGCCAGAAGUUGAUUCCAAGCCCAAUGUGUCAACUGAGAAAACCUUCGAUGUUAUAACAGCUGCAACAUCAAAUACUUACGAAGUGACUGAGCGUGUUGAUACAUCGCCUGCCGAAGAUAGUUACACAACAGAAAGUGCCGGGUACCAAUAUAAUCCGCCCACUGACGAAAACCAAAAUCUAACGUCCACAUUCUACAGAAUCCUGUCCAAAUACAAUAUCAAAACUGAGGAUAAACUGCCAAACUAUGAAUUAUCACUGCAGCGUAAAGUUCAAAAUCCCGCACGAGACACAAAUAGAGUGCUUAUACCGUAUAGAUAUAACAGUUUAAAUCAUUUGCCUGCAGACCCAUUGCUCGCCGUUUUCCUAUCAAACUAUGGGUUCUAUUUGCCAAGUUUGUAUGGGAUCAAAGCUAAUUACAAUAAUUUGUACGGUUAUUUGGCCUCUAAUAACAUUCAUAAUAACAAACCCUUCGGUUUGUAUAAAGUUUUCUCUGAUACUGAUUCAUGGAAUUAG